GAUAAAGUACAACGUGGGAGGCACAAACAUGUACUUAUAUGAAUAAAACAUUGAAAGGAAUUAGGUAUCCAAAUGUUACUGAAAACCACGUAUUAAACUGGCAAUCAAUAAAAGCUUAGAAAGCGAGGCAUUGCAAAGCCUUUUUAUGUCAAAAAUAACAACAACCAAUUAUACUGUUAAGACGAUGUCAACAAGAAUAUGCUAUUUUUCCUCACGUCCACAAGGCCAAGAGAGACUCAAGGAGACCCUCUGAUGCCUUCAAAGAAGAAAAACCAGAGACAAACCAAGCAAUCUCUGAAAAACUUCCCUUUCUCUUUGGCUCUUUCUCUUUCUCUCCAGAAUCCAGAUUUUAUGAUCAGUUACCAAGAAUUUUGCAGCAGCCUAUAGACCCUUCAAUCUUGUGUCAUCUGGUUUCCUGAAUUGCUAGUUACUUAUCCAAAUAUACCUUUCUUGUCAAAUAAAUCCCAAAGUUUUACAAGUUUGCAAUUUAAUCACUGCGUGUAUUUUGUGUUGAACAUUUGUCAAUUGAGCUUCAGUCGAAAACGAAUAUUGGCUGUAGAAUCAACAAUGUCAAGCAAGCUAAAGAAGGCAAUUGGUGCAGUGAAAGAUCAAACCAGCAUCAGCCUUGCUAAAGUUGGCAGCAAUACUACUUCAAACCUUGAGGUUGCAGUGCUUAAAGCAACCACUCAUGAUGAUGUCCCAAUAGAAGAGCGGUACGUGAAUGAAGUUCUCUAUCUCGUUUCUUCCAACAAAGCUUAUGCUGCAGCCUGUGCACGAGCCAUUGGUAAGCGUAUAGGCCGGACACGAAAUUGGAUCGUAGCCCUCAAAUCUUUGAUGCUUGUUUUAAGAAUAUUUCAAGAUGGCGAUCCUUAUUUCCCUAGAGAAGUCCUUCAUGCAAUGAAAAGAGGGGCAAGGAUCCUCAACCUUACUAGUUUUCGCGAUGACUCAAACUCGAGCCCUUGGGAUUUCACAGCAUUUGUUAGGACUUUUGCUCUCUAUCUCGACGAGAGAUUAGAUUGUUUUCUAACAGGGAAGCUUCAGCGUCGAUAUACUCAUAGAGUGAGGGAAGCUUCAGGUCAUAGAAACAGCAGGGCUAAUGAGCCGGUUCGUGACAUGAAACCAGCAAUGUUGCUUGACAGAAUUUCAUACUGGCAAAGAUUGCUUGAACGAGCAAUUGCUACGCGGCCAACAGGCGCUGCAAAGACUAAUCGAUUGGUGCAAAUAAGUCUUUAUGCAGUUGUGCAAGAGAGUUUUGAUUUGUACAAAGACAUUUCUGAUGGACUUGCACUGCUUUUAGACAGUUUCUUUCAUUUGCAUUAUCAGAAUUGCGUUAGUGCCUUCCAAACCUGUGUGAAGGCCUCAAAACUGUUUGAGGAGCUCAGUGCUUUCUAUUCCUUGUGUAAGAGCAUGGGUGUGGGGAGAACCUCAGAAUAUCCAAGUGUGCAGACAAUAUCCGAGGAACUAAUCGAAACUUUACAAGAGUUUUUGAAAGAUCAAUCCUCUUUUCCAGCAACUUCCAAGUCCCCAAACAGGCUUUUGCUUCUCCCUGCACUACCAAAUUCUGUCGCGAGAUCAAGCCGAGGAGAUAGUUACGGUGGUCUGUCAGAAUUCUCAGUUACAACAGACGGAUAUUCAGAGAGGACCUCUGAAUUUGGUUCACAAUGCACGUCAUUGGAGGAUCUAAUAAGUGCGACAGAAAUAACCGGAGCACCACCAUCCAUUUCAAUCGAUUUAGAGGACUAUUCUGAUCAAUUUAGCAAGCAAUUACAGCAUGAAAGAUCAUUCAGAUUAAGUGAUUCUGGUUCAACGCACUCUUUACCAGUUUCGAGCUCCAUGGCUGAUCUUGUAUCUCUAGAUGAUUGGCCAGACGAAGAGAAACAAUCUCAAGACCAGCAAGAACAGGAAAAAGAACAAAAUGACAAGGCAAUUCAAUCUUCUUCUUCAGCCUCAGCCAAAGAUUGGGAACUUGUUCUAACUGAGGUGAUAGCAACAACACAAGGGCUGCCUACUCCAACCGACAACUUCAAUGCCUUCCCAGAACAAGAACAGCAGACACAAAGAUUAGAACAAAAUGUCCCUCCUAACUUCACAGCAACUGGUUGGGAGGUUGCACUAGUUGUUUCUCCUCCACAAGCCCCUCAACCAAUAACCAACGCCUUCGAUGGAUCGACUCUGGAUAGUUUAUACAAUCAAUCUUCAAUGCCAGUAUCAUCAUCACAACAACACUACAAUCCCUUUUUAGAGGAUACACCGGCAUUGCCUAGCAUGCCAUUUCCAGACUCCAUCACCACCACUGCUGCAGCUGCUGAUCAGUUCCAAUUGGAAUUUCCAGCUGCCGAAGCAUAUUCAUUUGCACCGACAUUUCAAGCAGCCGAACCUGCAGUUCCUACAUUUAAAGCAUCUCUUCCACCAACCUUUUCAGCUCAGGAUCCAACUGGUACAGCAAUGGUUCCAGAGUUGGAGAAUGAUCCUUUUGCAACAGUUUUUUCGAGCGAUCAAAUGUUAAAUGCUUCGAUGAAUCAGCAAAAUUUCCUGCAUGAGCAACAAUUGUGGUUGCAAAACCAAACCAAGAUUAUAGCAAAGCAUACCGCUUGAUUGAAAAAUUUACAUGUAAUAUAAUGUACAUGUUUCCAUUGAUUAGAUAAUGAAUCAUCUGGCCAAGUAAACUUGUCGCUU